UCAAUACAAAUAGGUCAAUCUCCGCGUCACACAAGAUACAAAAUUCGACCUUGGCGGUAAAAUAAAUUACUUGUGCGUUAUACUCUUGUUAGAGGGGUGAAUGUAAACGAGUGUUUACGGAUAAAAUCUAGAGAGAAACUGAAAGAUGGAUGACGCUGGUUCCCCUGGGUCCUUACGCCGUAAGAUUGGCAUAUGUAGGAUUGUGGUGGUCGUUCUGUGUCUGAUCAUAGUCGCUUUGGUAAUCGCAUUAGGUGUGGUAGCCUCUCGUUCCUCUGAGCUAGCACAAACUGCAAAGGCUGCAUACGAAUCACAAAGUUGUAGUGCUGGUAACAACCUAAACCUUGACCCACCGGAAGUGGUUCCACCCUUUCAUGACCUCACUUCGAACGAAAUCAAGUCUUUAAAGAAGUUUUUAUACGGACAAAAAGACCUUAAUCUAGUUGGUGCUGCUGAUAUAGCUAGUAACAAAAGUUACAUAUUUGCAAUGGAACUGCAUGUUCCCAACAAAAAGGACACACUAAACUUCCUUGACAAAUCCGCCCCAGCUCCUAUAAGAGAAGCUUACGUUGUCAUUUUCAGAGGAGAUAAACCAGCACCGGUAGUAGAAGAGUACAUUGUUGGACCUUUGCCAAAUCCUACCAAUAAAAAAGCUCAGAAAACGCAACCUUUCCUUUAUCGUCCAUGGACUUCACCGGAAAUAGUUGGUGCUGUGGCUGUUAUGCAUCGUGAAAUUAACAGUAAAGUUAGUAAAAUUCUUCUGGAGAGUUAUGGUGGUAAACUCGGUAACUGUAAAGAAAACUGUCUUGAGUUUCAAAUGGCCAAUCCAAUGUCUCCAUCUGUAACUGAUGAACCUAAAAGAAGAAAGCAGUGGUUCUGGCUCACCCCUAUUGUUGAGUUCUGGAGUUUACAUCCACUAGACUUUCUUGUAUUAAUGGAUCUUACUAGUAACAAGGUUGAAGAUUACUUUAUUGACAAGAUUUUCUAUGGGGAUAAGGUAUUUAGCUCAUUGGAUGAUCUUAUGAAUGCUUAUGACAAUGGAGCUGUAACAAAAACGAAGAUUCCGUUUCCAGAAAACACUAAGAACGUUUACUCUUCUAUGAACAGGAGAGGGAAAUUGUUCCCUGACGAACCAUUACUUCCGCCGACAGAAUACGAACCGAGUGGAAAGAGAUACUCGAUCAACGGCCGCCACAUUAAAUAUAUGGGAUGGGACUUUGAUGUUAGAAUGUCAACUAUUUCAGGUCCUCAAUUAUUUGACAUACGAUACAAUAAUGAAAGAAUCGUAUACGAGCUCAGUUUGCAAGAACUUGCAGCAUUUUACUCAUCGGCCAGUCCAGCUCAUAGAUUUUCAGAUUACGUGGAUAGUGUUGGUUUGAUCGGAGCCCGUGUGAGAUCGCUGGUUUCCGGUGGUGAUUGUCCUUCACAUUCAACUUACCUCAGCACUUACCACGUGCUUGAAGGAAGCGAGGAGCCAGUGCUCGUAGACAGAGCUUUCUGUGUGUUUGAACACAAUACUGGAAAACCACUUAGAAGACAUUUAUCAAGCCAAGGUCCCUCUAAGUUUUACGAAGGAAUGAUGGACAUUGUGCUUACCGUUCGAACGAUAGCAACUGUCGUAAAUUAUGAUUAUAUUAUGGACUUUAUUUUCCAUCAAAACGGUGCCAUUGAGGUUCAAGUCAUAUCGACUGGCUAUAUUCUGACAUCAUUCAGUGUUCCAGCGGCUGAUAACUACGGAUUCCGGUUACGGGAUCAUAUCACAGGAAAUCUUCAUCACCACAUGUUUCAUUACAAAGUUGAUAUGGACAUUCAUGGCACUGAAAACAGAUUCGAGAUUCUAAAUAUUGUUCCAACAAAGGUCGACAAUUCUGAAUGGUCCAUUAAAUCAGAUUCUAAGUACUCGUGCACUAAAAUGGUCCGAAAUGUAGUAAAUUCAGAGAAAGACGCUGCCUUGAAAUUUGAUUUCGACAAACCGAACUACCUCACCUUUUAUAACAAGGAUUUUAAAUCUUCUUCAGAAGUUCCACGAGCUUACAGACUUAUGACAAAAGGCAUGUCGAAACAGCUAUUUGAGGAGGGUUCUGGACAAGAGCCGUCAGUGUCGUGGGCACGAUACCAGGUCGCUGUAACAAAGUACAACGAGACUGAAAGACGAAGUAGUUCCAUGUACGCUAUCUGGGAUGCCGCUGACCCUGUUGUUAACUUCCAGAGUUUUAUCGAUGACAAUGACUCUAUCAAAGAUGAGGAUCAAGUUACCUGGAUCACAAUGGGCAUUCAUCAUAUACCUCACAUGGAGGAUUUCCCUGUGACCCCGACGGUUGGCCUUGACCUUUCAUUCCUUCUGAUACCCAACAAUUACUUUGACGAGGACCCGGCAAUGGGAUCUGGAGAUGCAAUUAGAAUUGAACCUAACGAUCAGCAAGAUGUUGAAAAGGGAAUAAAGGUCGAUACAUAUGGUAAAAGUGAACCAAAGUGUAAACCAAGGCAGUCAUCAUUUCUAAGUGACGCAAAGAUGAAUCCUGGCAGUAUUUUUGACCAACCAACCGGUGAAAUAGUAAUUUAACAUAUCUCACGGCCAACCAUCACGUUUGUACCAUCAAAAACAGAGCAGAGAUUAAAAAUCGUUAUCCAUUUUCCGCUUGAGGCUCAAGCUGUCGCAAGUUUGAUAUGAAAGUACUAUUUGUGUUAGUAAUGAGCGAGGAUUAUUAUGCAGAAAAGAGAUUGUGUAAAUAUUAUGUUGAAAUAGUCCGUCACUUUUGAGCAUUUAAAAUUGUCCUUUAUUAUAGUUUUUGUACUGACAUUUGAAAAGUGCCCGCAUAUAAGAUGAUUACUAUGUAUUGUAAAGUAUUGUCUGCUAUAGAUAAUAUACACAUUGCUGUCAUCGUGCCAACAUUGUAUAACAAGCGGGAGAACGCAUUCUCUCAUAUGUUAUACAUGUAUUAGAUUCAAACUAUCCCAUUUCUAGUUUUGUUUUGUGUGUGUGCAUUAUCUAAACUUUAUUUUGCUGAAUUAGCUUAUGCCACUAGUAUAGAGCCAUGCCAGCAUUCACGUCCGGGCAGUCUGAUCAGGUUCCGUAGUGGUGACACACAAACCUGGGCAAAUACAUAUUACAAAUUCAGUUGGUGAAGACUUCAGGAUGCACGUGAAAUGUCCGUUAUGAAAUAUGUUAUAUGUGUAAAUAGUGUUGAAAUAUUUUUAAAAAACUGAAUUUAGAGGAAAUAGCCUGUGUAUAGCUUUCACGAGCAGAGUUGAUGUGGAACACUUUCUCGUCUACUAUAGACACGUAUUAGUUAAAUACAUUAGUCAUAGAUAGUUUACUAAUAGAUAAAAAUUGUUACAACAGUGUAAUACUCGUAGUUUGAAAUAUGUCAAUGAUUUCAUUUAGAAUGAGUUGACAACUUGACAGAUCACCUAUGCAGGCUUUGAGAGAUACCUGUAAUGAAAGUUUUGUAACUUGUUUGACUGCUGUAAAAUAAGAAAUGUUUGACAAUUCUGAACAUGUAAAUAAUUCACACGAAUGUUUUAUAGGAAUCACAUGCAUCAUGAUUCCGAAGAUGUUAUUGUGCUAACAUAUCAAAUACAAAUGACUAAUUUAUUCCUGUAUUCAUUAUUCCGUUCAUCAGUUUGAUUAUUGUAAUUAUUUUCUUCGUUUAAUCCUACCUCAUUUUGGCAUUGUACAGACAUUGUGUAUACUAUUGUGUUUAACAUUUGUUGGCAGUAUACAUGUACAACAUGAUAAAGUUCUACCUUUAAUAAUAAAACAUCCUGCUCUGAUUCAUUUCUUAACGAUUGUGUGAAGUUUUCUUUACAUGUGGUUGCUUUAACUGAUGUCCGAGGGCAUAAAACGGUAAAUGAUCUUUUUUGAAGAUGACACACUCUUAGCUUCCAAAUUAGUUAUAAAUGGCCACUGCGAAGUUUCGGCUAAUGGACGUCUUUUAACCUAUUGUAGCAAUGUGUAAAUUAAGGUACAAUUCCUGGUCUGCAUUGUCAAUACUCGUACAUUGUCAUUUCACAUGUCCAUCAAAUGUUGAACAACAUAAGUAGAUCGUAGUGGCGAUCUGUCACUACACUAUGACGAUACUAAUAAGAAAAAAGUAUGUAUGUUGUGAGGGGUCUUUAACGACCAUAUAUUUAAAAUAUAUCCGUUUUUGAUCAACUUUGGCGAUAUAUUUUGAUCUGAAGUGAAACAUGAGACGUUUCAAACUUCACUUUGCAAGUUGUAGCUAAAAAACUUUUGGUUUAAACAAUAUUUUAUUUAUAUUUUUUUUUUCAUUUACAUAACAAUAAAUUACAUAAAGACAGAUUUUACGAAUUGAAUAGGAACCUUGAAACUGUACCCGUAAUAUAAAAAAAUAUAUACAGUAACAAAAUAGGUUGUAUUUAAGAAAAAAAUACAUAUCAUUUCUACGUUGUGCUUGCUUUCUUACGUAUACCCACUAUCUUUAUUAUAAAAUAUUCAUGUACUUUAUCCAUAUCUGCUAUUAAAAGCGAAAGCUUACUGGUUUAAUGUAUAGUAAAAGCAUAAUAUUAUGUAAGAAUAUGUAAGAAUAAAUUUAGAAAAUGA